GGCGUGGCGUGGCGUGGCGUGGCGUGGCACGGAGUGUGGCGGGUCGCGGCGUGGCGGGCCCCGCCAGCCAGUGCGCGUACGCCGGCCGGCCGGCGAGGAGCGAUCGACUAGCGAGGUGGACCCCGGGUGUGACCACAGUGUGACCACGGAGAUAAAAAUGGGCUCGGAGAGUAAGAAGCGGACCCCCAAGAGGGACAACAAGUCAGGUGGCGCAGGCACAGUGGCACAGCCGUCAUCGUCGAAAUGGAAGACCCCUUUGAUCAUGGCAGCGCUGGCCCUCGGCUUGUAUCGAGCCACCGAGUACCACAACUACUGGAACUCGUUGAGCCCCGUCGUCGAGGUGCAGCAGGGCCCCGUCCAGGGUCGCUCGGCCCUCACCGAGUCGGGCACGGAGUACUUCGCCUUCCAGGGCAUCCCCUACGCCGCGCCGCCCGUCGGCCCGCUGCGCUUCCAGGACCCAGCGCCGCCCGCCUCCUGGGCCCCGGAGGUCCGCGACGCGCGCGACGACGGACCGGUCUGCGUGCAGGCGCCCCUCAAGCUGCCCAUGGGCGUGCCGAAGAACGUCUCGGCCCUCGACGUGGUCCGCUUCCUGGGCGCCGUGCCCGCACUCGUCCGGCGUGCCAUUAAGCUGACGCGGCAGAGCGAGGAUUGCCUGCACGUCAACGUCUUCACCACCAAGGUGGGCGGCGACGGCGGCUCGCCGCUACCCGUGGUCGUGUACUUCCACGGCGGGGCCUUCGUGCACGGCGACAACGGCGUGGACGUGGUCGGGCCGCAGUACAUGAUGGAGCACGGCGUGGUGCUGGUGACGGCCAAGUACCGCCUGGGCCCGCUGGGCUUCCUGGCGCUCGGCGAGGCCGGCAAGCCCCUCCGCGUGGGCAACGUGGGGCUGAAGGACGCCGCCGCCGCCCUGCGCUGGGUGCACGACAACAUCGCGCGCUUCGGCGGCGACCCGGCCAAGGUGACGGUGAUGGGGCAGUCGGCGGGCGGCGCGCUCGCGCACUACCUCACCCUCAUGCCGAGCACCAAGGGCCUCUUCCACCGGGUGAUCGCCAUGUCCGGGACCGCGCUGCACCACUGGGCCUACAGCACCCCGCAGAAGGCCCUGGAACGCACGCGCCACAUGGUGGAGCGCCUGCUGCGGCCCGAGGCGGCCGGUGGGCCCCACGGCCCCGCCGCGCCGGACAUGGAGGACCCAGAGGACGUCCUCCGCUUCCUCCGCGAGGUUGACGCCCGUCAUCUGGCGGUCAUGGACAAUUUCGGCGACGGGCAGGUGGAGGGCCGGUGGCUCAUGGACGAGUUCCCCUUCCAGCCCACCAUGGACGGUACCCUUCUGUCGGCGCCGCCCUUGGAGCUCAUCCGCGCCGGCCGCUUCCACCAGGUGCCCGUCAUGCUGGGGCUCACCGCCCAGGAGGGCUUCUUCGCCUUCAUGAGUGCUCCAGCCAAGAAUAAGUCUGUUGAAGAGCAAAUGGCCAUGGUCGAGGCCGACUUUUACUGCGCUCUGCCAGAAUACAUGCGUGAGGCUCUGCCCCGCGGCUCCGAUGCCCUUCGAAAAGCGGAAGCCGCUGUUAGAGAAUUUUAUUUUGGCAAGAGUAAAAUUACUCAGAGCUCUCUAGACCAAUUUGUUGAUUUCUAUGGCAUGCUUAUGUUUGAGAUGGACACUCAUCGCGCCAUGACAGAGGUAUCAGCUGUGUCUACAGAACCUGUCUUUGCCUACAAUUUCACGCACAGUGGAAGACUGAAUCUUUUCAGGAGAAUGGUGAUGUUCAGCUUCGAAGAUUUUGAGGGUGUAAGUCACUGUGAUGAGCUAAAUUAUCUGUUUCACAUGGAUGCCUUACCUCACAUUCCUCUUCAAAGUACUGACCCCGAAUUUCAAGUGCGGAAAAAUAUUAUUACACUUUUCACAAAUUUUGUGAAAACAGGACAUCCCACACCAACAUCAUCUAGUGUCCCAACUAGAUGGCGACAAGUAACCAAAAGAGAGAAACCAGUAAUGCAAAUUGAUGUUCUCAAUAAAAUUCAGGAUGGAUACAAGCCUGCUUCUUUCAAGCUAUGGAGUAAGUUCUACCAGGAUCUGAAAAUAUGAUCUAUUGGUAAUAAAAUUCAACUGCCACCCACUAUGGUAAGAAUGAAGCUAGGAAGCAGAAACUUUUCCAAGAGAUGUGUAACAACGGUCCAAACUCUUCAUUAUCUUAUAUUGAUUUUAAGCCUUAUGAGCAUUCCAUUAGACUGAAAAGUAGUGGAACUGUUAGAGAAUAGUUCAAAAUAAAAGGAGGUGUGUUUAAAAUUUGUUCAAAGUCUGGUAAUAAGUUUAAGUAAAUGAACUCUAUCUGUGAUAUUUCAAUGUAUGAUGCUUCAAGGAUGUUGAAUAAAUCAAUCCAUUUUUUCUUUA